AUGUCUGUCCCGCCUACACCGACAACAGAGAGAAAGCCGGGCUUCACCCCGCUCGUCGCCGUCGUCGACUUCCACCAUGCGCGCGGCCCCGAAGUCGAGACGUGGUUCGGCGUGCCCGAGGGUAGCGACCCAGCUGCCGAGUAUGACUGGGGACUGUUGCCGUUCAUGGCUUUGAGCGAUGGUGCUCACGCCGCAACAGAAGACUUCUCCUACUUCACCCUUCUCCGCCCCGCCACCGCCUCCGACCCCGAAGCCACCUCCCUCUUCGGUAUCUCGUGCACCCGCCAGAUGGACGCCUCCCAGCUGCUCAACCGCCCCGCCGAAGUCACCCGCUCGACCGUGCAAAAAGCCGUCGUCAUCAUCGCCGACUCGCCGCAGUACUUUGGCAUGCUGCGCGAGCGUCUGAGCGUCGUCACAAAGGCCUGGUUCGCCCAGCGCGAGUUCACCGACGUCGAGAUCCUCCGGCGCUUCCAGGAGAGCCUGGCGGACGAGAAGGCGCGCGGUACGCUGCUGGGCGAGAAGGAGGAGGACAGGGAUCUAUAUCUCGGCAUGAGCCUGCGGGAGCUGGUGCGCGAGUUCCGGUGGCAGACGCUCGUGCUGCUCAAGUGCUGUCUGCUCCAGCCCAAGAUGUUGUUCUUCGGGUCGCGGUGCGAGAGGCUCUGCAUGAUGCAGUUCUCGCUGAUCAGCCUGAUUCCGGGGCUGUUGAGGAACUUGCAAGACUCGGCUGGUCCGGAGCUGGAUAACUACGAAAGAAAACUGCAGCGGCCGACGAGCUUGCGGACUAGUGAUCGCAACUCGCUGCUGGCGUACAUGGGCUUGCCGCUUCAGAUCUUCGGCAAGGGAAGCUUGUUCGGGCCGUAUACCCCCCUUCAGCAGCUUGAUGUCCUAGCGGACUUUGGGACGAAGUCUUACAUCGUCGGCAGCACCAACUCGCUGCUUUUACAACAAAAGGACCGAUAUUCUGAUAUUCUGAUCAACCUCGACGAAGACUCGAUUAACAUUACUUCCACCAGCCUCAAGUCUGCCCUGGCCCUGUCGACCCCCGACCGCCGCUGGAUCGACUUCAUCACGCAAAACGUCAACGACACAUGGGACGACGCCAACCCUGGCAUGCCGAAAACAAUGGGCUACGUCGGCUCCGAGGAGUUCAUCCGCUUGCAGUUCGAAGAAUACCUGCUCUCACUAAUCUCCUCGGUCAAAUACCACAACCACCUCGCCAUCCACGCCCAAAACCCGCGCAUGCUACUCCCGCACAUCGAAGGGGACCCCUCGCUCGACUUCAACGCCGACUUCAUCGAGGCCUGGAAGCGCACGGAGAAUUACCGGAUCUGGGACGGACAUACGGACUCCCACCUGUUCGACAUCGUGGAGCCUAAACACCCCUGCGCCGGCGGGCUGACGAUCGAUGAUGUGCAGAGGCGCAUAGCGCAGCAGGUGCAGGAUUUGCAUCUUGACGAAAGGUUUGCGGUCGGGAAGGAGGUGCUGGGAAGGAAUUUGCAGGCGGGCAAGGAGAAGGCGAGCACGAUGUUCAAUAAGCUGUAUGCGGACAUGGAGGCUUUGAGGGAGCAGAGGCGACGGGCGGCGGAGGAGGCGGAGAAGCAGCGGCAGGCUGAUCUGGCAGCUGGUGGGAAUGGGAAUGGACAACAACAGCAGGGUAGUAGCGAAAAGGGUGGCAGUGAGAACGGGAAUGGCAACGGCCAAGGACAAGGACAAGGACAAGGAGGAUUGGCGCCAGCCGUGUCAACAGUAGGCAGCAAAGCCGGCGCCUUUGUGAGCAGCUGGACUGCGUGGGCAGGCGAGAAGAGGAAAGGAUGGGGCCGCUCGGCGCCAACGACACCGAUUACCGAGACUACGCCUAUCCGUUCUACCUCCUCUGGUACCGCCGGUACUACCGGCACCACAGAAACGACAUCAUCCGACACCGCUUCGCAGACUGGAUCAACCCAAUCACAAUCACAAGAAAAGGAAAAAGAACAGGAAAAGAAAGGAGGAUGGGGUUGGUCCAAAGCCCUCAAGAACCGCACCUCGGUCCUCCUCAGCGGCGGUGGCGGGGGCUCAUCGGAGGAAAGAGAAACGUUCAUGCCCCAAUCUCCUACCCGCAACGGGGCUUAUGCGGCUCUACCGCUAGCGACGGGUAGUCCGGAGUCGACGAGAACUACUAGGACGGGAAAUAGUAGUGUUACUGGUGGUAGCGGUGGUGGUGGUGGCGGUGGGCAGUCGAGACAGUUUAGGAGACGGGCGUUGAGUGGGGAGAGCAUGUUGGAUGCGGCGGGGAGUGAGGAUGGGUUUAGCGGGAGUGAGUUUGGAAGUCCUGAGAGGGUGAGGGGCGGGAUUGCGAGGAAGCCGGUUGGUAGUGGUGCGGGAGCGGGAUCACGGCCUGGUACAGCUGGGACGGUAGGGAGCGUGAAUUUGAUGAAUGUCGCGAGCCCAGCGGGGACGGUGAAUUUGAUGAAUGUGGCGAGCCCGGAGGCGAUGAAGACUACGGCGACGACUACGACUACGACGACGAAGCAGGAUGAUAAGGGUAUGGAAGAAGUUUCACUUGAGGAUCCCCCAGUACCGGCAACGACAGCGGUAACAACAGCAGCUUCAGUGGAUGAUAAGACGGAAGCGACUGCCACAUCAGUUCCAGUACCGGCUCUAGCACCGUUAACGAUCACCAAGACGACAGAAGAGGCUACAGCGACACAAAAGGAGAGAUCAAGGUCACGGUCCAGGUCCCGAUCGCCAUCACCAUCACCGCUUCAGUCACCCGCGGUUAUAGUGGCUGCUGAAGAGGCGGCGAAGGCAAGGGAGGUUUGGGAUAAAUAG